GCCUAUUAAGACAGAUGUCUGUCGGGUUAUUGCAUGACAAUCAAAACAAAGCCAAGCACUGCGCCUGUGAAGCAGCACCGUGAUCUGUUGCAUGGACAUUUGUCUGCUAUGCCUGGUUUAGGAUCAAAGAAGAGAGACUAUGUGUCCAGACCGGACAGAUCCAUCGGCGACUUGCCCCAGCUGAGCAAUGAAAUGCAGCUUAGCAUCAUGAACAGGGUGAAAAAUGGAGAGAUAUCCAUCGAUGACGCUCUGAACCAGGCAAGGAAGGAAAGAGAGCAGCUCCUCCAGGAACAGCCUGAGAGAAGUACAACACAGCAGUAUAACUUCAGCGUUCAUAAACAUGGCCGCUACAGGUGGCAGAAGCGGGUUCUACAGAUUGAUUUCAAGACCAAACUGCUGUGCAGCAUAGAGAGAGGCAUCGUCAAGCGUCAGCUGCCUUUCUCCAUUGUCAAGAGCUGUGAUGAUGGGGAUGGUUCCAGGUUCUCCAUUUCUUUUAAAGGACACCACGACUAUGAACUGGAGGCUACAUCGCUGGAGGACAAACACAAGAUGAUGCAGCUUGUGAAUCAGAUCAUUCAUGGAAACAUAUACAGCGGUUCUGAAAGUGAGAACUCAGAAUCGCAGCAGGAGCCUCAAGCAUCACAGAGCCUUAAAGAAGGCGUAUUGUUACUGCACAGAGGAGGACUGGCAUCAUUCAAAUGGGUGAAGUACAAAGCUCAGCUCCACCCAGGGGAGCUGACACUCGUCUCAUUCAGGCAACGAAGCAACAUAGAUGGCGACGUGACAUCCUCAGUUCCUCUUUCCACUGUGAUUCACUUAUCAGACGGUGACACCAGUGUACAGAAACCAUAUGGCUAUGACACAUUUGUUCUUAUCACCCACAGAAAUGAGUAUCAGUUUAAAGUCCCUGCACAAGAGGAAGCAGUUUCUCCUGGUGCUGUGCAGAAGGAGCGCGAUGCCUGGGUCAAAGCCAUCCACAAACUGUGUUCACAUUGGAAAAGGAAGUCCAGAUCUGAACAGAUGUUUGCAGAAUCAAAGAGCUUUCAACAUAUCAGUAUACCUGAAGACGUUGACGACAGUGACACAGAUCUUGAGCACAGUGGUGGAUUUGCUGCUGAAGAUUUUGUUCCAGAGGACGAUAAAAAUUCAGAUUCCACAUCCGGAGAAAGAGAGUGCUCAUUGCCUGAGGAAGAAGGUCCGAGUUCUCCCUCAGCUGACACAAAGCCAGUCCCAAAACCCCGCAUUGGCAAGGCUGCCAUUCAAGUUACUGCUGGAUCAGACAAUUUGAGUCCCCUCCUGUCUCCAACCUCUCCUUAUGCGUCUGUCUCAAAAUUACCCUUGUCCCCCCCACACUCACCCAGCCAUGCUGGCCUCAUGUCCUUUCCUUCAGGCCCGGAGUCUCAAAAACCAGCCUCGCCAAAUGUGCAAGAACCUCCACCCCAGUUCAUCCCACCUCCACCACCUCUGCCUAUUAAACAAAAUACUCUUAAAAAAUCCCGGACGAAGGCCUUUCACUGGGACCUCAUUGGGCAUGAGAAGAUUGCAAAGACAUUUUGGGUUCAGGAAAAGAGCAAGAAGCCUGAAAUCAACACAUCACGUUUGUACGAGCAGUUCGCUGUCAAAGAUGUGGGAUCGUUUGGCACAACGGACUCAAGUAGUUCGCAGCACAUCAUGCUCAACCAGAAGAUUGCGCACAACUUCAACAUUUUCCUCAAAAGUUUUCCGGUGCAACCAGGGGAGCUGAAGGACAAACUGUUCAUUAUUAAUGAGGAAGAUGGAGGUCUGUCUGAUGAGCACAUCACCUCUCUGAGAAGGUACGUCCCCACUGUGGAGGAUGUGGAAAUGUAUAAAUCCCACAAGGGUCCAGUUUCAGAGCUGCAUGUCGUGGACCAGUACAUGAUGGAGAUGUGCAACAUCUCCUACCUGAGCACGCAACUCGACCUGCUUCUGACGCUGAGAGAGCUCCCGAUCAGCAUGAAAGACCUGCAGCCCCUGAUUAACCAGAAGAUCAGAAUGUGCAAGCAGCUGUACAACUCCAGGUCAUUUGUUUUCGUGCUGGAGUACCUCCUCGCUAUAGGCAAUUACCUGAACGAGAACGCCGGAAAGGAAAAGGCCAAGGGAUUCCGCCUCUCGUCCUUGACCAAACUUUCCCAGCUGCGUGGGAGGGACAAGAAUUUCACCUUGCUCCAUGCCCUUCUGGAGCAGAUCAUGUUGCAGGAACCGGGCCUGGCCACUUUUACCCAGGACUUGGCAGAAUUUGAAACUGUCCCUGGAGCUUCCAUCAAAGGCUUGACCGCAGAAGUGGAUGUGCUGAAGAACGAAGUGCAGAAAGUACUUCAUUACAGAAAAACCAUCAGGAAGAGAAACAUUGCAGCUCAUCACCCAAACUUCACUAAAGAUCUUAAGAUGGCAAUAGAGAAGUACAACCUGCAACUCGAGUCGCUGACAAAGACUUGUGAGGAGAUGAAGAAACUCUACUCUGUCAUACUGGUUAAAUUUGGAGAACCACUGGAUCAGGACUCCCAGGAGCUGUUCGGGAUGAUCUGUCAGUUCCUCCAUGACUUUCAAAGGGUGCACGCUGAAACUGCUUGAAUUGAAACUGUGUUAGCAUAAAUUAGAGAGGCGGUUUUAUUUAGUCCCAUUGUGGUGAGUAUGACUGAUGUCAAAGCUGAUUUUGUACAAUUACCACCAAUUUGAGUUGUUGAUUGGGUAAUCAAACACAAAUCUAUAAACCAAUGCAUACACUAGUAACAGUCUAAUGGUCACACAUAUAUGUACCGUCUUCUAUAAAGAGUAAAUGAAUGGUGAAGAAGAAUCAGGAGAAAUAUAGAAACAUUAUAUUUUAAUUUUAUGACGACUUCUGCAGCAUUUCAAAUCAUCAUGAGCCGAGAAAAAUGUUUCUUUGUUACAGCUUUUUUUUAAAAGAGAUCCUCAAGUUCCCUUUGUGAUAUUUUCUAUCAUGUGCGCACAAGAUUAAAAAGCUGUCAAAAGAUGAAAAUUCAAGGGCUCUGUAGCAUAGUGAUAGCAGAAAAUAGGGAAUCUUAUUCAAGCCUGCCGUCGGCGUGUGAAUCACUUAUCAGGACAUUUUGACAACGUUUGCGCAGGGAUUAUUGUUGGAAGGAGACCAUGAGAGGGAUUUUAAGAAUAUGUGGAGUUUUGCUGGACAUUUUGAAGAUGCUGAAGUUGGUCAAAUACGUCUGGUAAAAACCCUCAACGAUACAAGUCCAGCCGGAAGCAUCUCUGCCAUGAAGUCAAGUUUGUUUUCAUACUUGUAUGAAAUGUAAGCAAAACAUAGAAAUGAAAGCAGUAUGCCUGUAACACAAAAAAUAAAUAAUACAC